AUGAGCCCCAAUGACUUUGUCAUGAAGACCUCGCCGACCAGGGCAGAGAAGAUCUGUGGUGCUUUGUUGCACAGGGGCUUGCCGGAGCCGGAUGAUCCGGCAGAUCCCAAUCUGCUACCGCUGCUCAGCUAUGUCUUCGGGAAAACGGGUGAGCUAGCCUGCAAACGUGGAGAGCUGGACAGAGCCUCUCUGGUUCUCAAAUGGACCAAGACAAUCGCCAUGAACAACAUCAGCUUCGAACAGGCGGACCCAAAGUACGGAGUUAUGGCUCGGGCUCUGCACCUUGCUGCAAUCGACUUCAAAAAGGCCGAAGGCACCCUGAACAAUACUUUCAAGGACUUCGAGAAGUACGUGAAGAUCAUUACAGACCUCGCCGAGAAGAAACGAGGCCAGGUCGAGGAGAUGGACGAGAACAAGUUGCCAAGGCUGCUGCAGAAGAUCAACGACUGGGCUGAGGAAAAGAUUAAGCAGAAGAAGGACAUGGUGACUCAAGAUGAGAACAGGCUGCAGCAAAGCCAAACGAGUUUUGCUGAUGCCUUAGUGGAUCUACUGGAUGCUGUGGAGGAGGCACACUACAGCCGCCUCGGGGUCGAGGACGAGUCGACAGUCACCGGGGACCUAGAAGCCCAGCUGCAGGCCUUGAUGCUCGAGGCCCAGGGCGCCGACAGUGGUGCCGGAUCCGGCACCAGCUUGCCUGGGCCAAAGAAGAGUGAGACAUUGUUGGCAGUGAAAGAGGAGGCGACCGGCACAGCUGCCACAGAAGUGCCCGCAGAGGACCUGCCAGCAACAUCCACCCCGGCCAGAAGCGAGGCAAAGAUGAGCCCGGGGCCAGAGGCUGCCAACAAGAUCGUGCUGUCCGAGGAUGCCGCCGCCAAGGAAGCGAAGAGACUGCAGCACAAUGCCCGGGUGACAUUCGAUCGCAGACUCAAGAGUGGCGACUGUCCGGAUGCCAUCCUUGAGAAGGUCAAGACCUUCCAGAAUCAGCCCAAUCGAUUGAAGCUCUUGCAAGGGCUGUUCCACGAUUGGUUCAGCCAUGGCAUGGACUUCUUGAAAACCUCGGUGUACCAGGAAGCCCAGCGGCGAGUCACCGACGAGGCCAAGGGGAAGUCCGUCAUGCAGUCCUUCAAGUACCUCAAGGAGAAGUUUGGGCGCCGAAAUGCGGAACGCAUACGAGACAGGAAGAAGGACUUGGAGGCCAAGCGGGACAGCAUUGCCGCGAACAGCUCUACCACGGGAUUCAAGGCCAAUGCUCAGUUGGACUCCGAUGCGACAUCGGCACUUGCGCCCAUGCUGAGUGGCAUGGUACAUCAGCCCCUCGCCAACCGGGGUGGCGAAAAGCAGCCCGUGAAGAAGACGAAUCCGCAUGCUCUUACCAAGAAGCUCAACACCAAGAUUCAGGCUGUUGCUUCGAGACUGACGGAGAUCAUCGUGUGGGACAGCAAGGUUCACGAGUCCGAGCCCCAGAAGACAAAGGAUGGUUUCGUGGAGCAGCUCGAGUUGAAGAAGACGGAGAUGGAAAAGUUGAAGUCCUCGAUGGAGCAGCUGUACAGCAGCCUCUGCUCCAUCGAAGACAAAGACUUGUCGGGGGAACAGCAAAAGGCCGUGAACGACUCAAUGCAGGCUGCUGAUGCUCUUGGAAAUUCCCUCACGGGCACCGUGAAGCCGAUGAAGGUGUCGUUGGAACCACCGAAGGUGGCCAAAGCCAAGGCCAAGGGCCGUGAUCUCACGAGGUCUCGAUCAUCGCCGAUGUUCAACUACUUGAUGCGAGCAGUUGGCCGUGGUGCAUCCUUCACGAGUGCCCGCGACACACUGCAGGCGAUGAAUCAGGACUGA